UGAGUGCCAGUGCGCACACACACACACACACACACACACACACGCGCGCGCGCGCGCGCGCGACAGCUUCCAUAUUCUCCUUUGGUUUGUGGUUUGUCAGGGAAUUAAACCCAGUCAUCAUGUAUCCCUGCAGGCCAGAAGAGGGCAUCAAAUCUCAUUACAGAUGGUUGUGAGCCACCAUGUGGUUGCUGGGAAUUGAACUCAGGACCUUUGGAAGAGCAGGCAAUGCUCUCAACCACUGAGCCAUCUCUCCAGCCCUGUGUUGUUUUGAUUUAGACAAGGUCUUGUCUGCAGCCUAGAGUGGCCUUAGACUCCCAUAUCCUGAGAUUAUUAUAGGUGUGGGCCCCCAUGCCUGACUUAAACACUUUUUUUUUUGUAAAAAGCCCCUUCAAAGAUUCUAAUAAAUGGUCAUAGUGAAGAUGUAUUUCACUAGAUCAGAGGUUUUACCUUUGGGAAAUACUAUAUUUACUGGUUUGAGACAGGGUCUUACUCUGUAACACGGGAUCUUGAACUGUGGCAGUCCUAUCUCAACCCGAGAGCCCAGGCAUGGCCUACUAGUUCUGCCUCUGUCUUUUGCAGUACUAGGGACUGAGAUUAGUGCCCAAUCCAGAUGAGUACUGUACCACCAAACCAUUCUCCAGCCUCCCUCCAAACCUUUGAGGACGGGUCCCAAUAUGUGGCCCUCGCUUGUGUGAGACUCACAAAGAUCUGCUUGUCAUUGCCUCCUGAAUGCUGGGAUUAAGGGGUAUACCCCCACACCCAGCUGCCAGUCCCCCUUUUAGUUAUCAUUUAGGACAGAGUCUAAUUGCUCAGGCUGGCCUUAAACUUGUGAUCCCUCUGCCUCAGCUUCCCAGGCAGCUGUUUCCAGGCCUGUUCCAUUAGGCCUGACUCUGUUGUCUUCAGGAACAUAAAAAUAUUGAUACAUCGGUCUGUCCCUGGCAUUCUUGGUUGAUGGAGUAGGAUCCUAGUGGUAUUCAAAGUCUCCCAGAGCCUGUGCUGGCCACCAGUGCCUGAACGAACCAUGUCAUUUUUCCAGGGGAAAACAAGCCAACAGGUGAAAAUAUAUUUGUGUAAGGACAAAUAGCAAAUACUUCUUAUUUUAUUUAUUUGUUUAUUGAUUUUAGAGACAGGGUUUCUCUUUGUAGCCCUUGCUGUCCUGGAACUUGCUCUGUAAACCAGGCUGGCCUCGAGCUCAGAGAUCCACUUGCCUCUGCCUCCUGAGUACUGGGAUUAAAAGUGUGAGCCACUAUGCCUGGCUCUAGCAAAUGAUUUUAAACCACAACAAGAAGAAGAAGAGGGUCUGGCUGGAGAUAUGGCUCAGUGAUUAAGAGCACUGACUGCUCUUCCGGAGGUCCUGAAUUCAAUUCCCAGCACUCACAUGGUAGCUCACAACCAUCUGUAAUGGGAUCUCAUGCCCUCUUCUGUCACGCAGACAUGCAGACAGAGCUCUCAUAUACAUAAAUAAAUAAAUCCUGAAAAAAAAAUCACGAGGGUCACCUGUACUCCCAAGAGUUUGCCUUCAAACUGGUCAUAAAGUGGAGAAUGACCUUGGAUUUCUGACCCUCCGGCCUCUCCCACCUGAAUGCUGAGAUCACAGGCCUGUGCCCCAUGCUCGGUUUGAGUUGAGUGGUAGCGGAUGAUUGAAUGAAAACCUUGACUCACACCUUAAGGCACAAAAGCACUGGCCUCAUUUAUCUCUAUCUCUGAUCGUUAGCUCCACAGGGAUACUCUUAUUUCACCCUCACAACUCCUGGGGAGGCAGGGGGCAGUAUCACCCCCAUUUUGCCAAUGAGAAUUUUUUGUUUUGUUUUGUUUUGUUUUUCAAGAAAAGGUUUCUCUGUGUAACAGUCCUGGCUGUCUUGGAACUUGCUUUGUAGACCAGACUGAUCUCUAAUUCACUGAGAUCCACCUGUCUCUGCCUCCCUGGGAUUAAAGGCGUGUGCCAUCACUGCCGGCUGUAGAUGAGGAUACUGAGGAACAAAACUGUCUAGGUGAAGCCAGGGGCACACACCUAUAUUCCCAACACCUAGAAGGCUGAGACAGGAAGAUCAAGGAUUUGAGGCCAGUUACACAAAAGCAAAAACAGGCUGAGCAUGGUGGUUUCACGCCUUUGAUCUCAGCAAACAAGCUGGAGACAGGCCCGGAACAGGAAGUAGACCAUAGGAAGUCCAGGCCAGCCAGGGCUAUUGUAGUUUGAUCCUGUCUCAAAAAACAAACAAUAGAAACCAAAUAGAAACCAAACAACUAGAAUGUGGUUCUGAGGCAGCGCUCAGUCCUAGCAUCUGCAAAGCCCUGGCUUCCGUCCCCGCACCAGAAGAGAGCAAAACAAAACCACCCGGCCAAGUUGAUCCUGACGAAGAUAAUGAAUGAAGAGUCUGGAACAUCCCGAUCCUGGUCCAGUGUCCCCUGGUCCAUCUAACCCCCUCCCAUUGUGACAUACAUGUUCUAUAUUGAACAGGCUAGUAUUGUGAGGUAGGGUCCGGGUGUAGAGGGGACUAUGAGGUGACAUUGUAGAAAACUGGAGAGUCGGGCAGGACUAGGGCAGUUCCCUCACAAAUAGGGACUUUGGGGCAGCCAUGUCCUACUUCAUAUCUCCACAAACUCAUCUGGGGCUUCUGUCUUCUGGCCAAGGUGGGGCUGCUGCUUCGGGUCCGUCCCUUGGUCUCUAUAGUUCUGCAGAGCCAGUGUUGGUGGCGUCUGGUGGAUUAGGUCCACUCAGCCAGAAAGCUGAGCAGGUGGUACCUGCUGCCCAGGUCUGGGGUCCUACCUUGGCAGUGCCUGAAGCCAGGGGCUGCUCUGGGUGUGCUAGCUGGGAGACACCGCGGAAGGAACACAACCGAUACUGCCCCAAAUUGCCCCCCAUGAGGCAGCUGGAGACCUUGAGCUGGGCAGACCCCUGCUCCCGAAGCAGAGCUCCCUACCUGGGUGGCCCUAGCAGGCCCCGGCCCCUGCUGCUGUAUGGGCUGUCACCAGGGGUUCUGACGAUGUCCUCCGAGACAGGUGGGAAGGAGGCUGGCUCCCAACCUGACAUCUGCAUCCUUACCCUAGCCAUGAUGAUUGCGGGCAUCCCCACCGUGCCUGUUCCAGGCCUGCGGGAAGAGGACCUGAUCCGGGCAGCUCAAGCUUUCAUGAUGGCCCAUCCAGAGCCAGAGGGGGCUGUGGAGGGGGUGCAGUGGAAGGCACAUGCCCACAUGGCCUCUGGACAGAUGCCUCUAGUGAGAUCCAGGAGGGACUCCCGCUUGUCGCCAGAUGAAAUAGCAUGA